CACCGGCUACAGCACUACUCGUCGAAGACUUGAAGACUCCUUCAAGACGAGCGACCGUCGACAGCGUGUCCAAGGUGUUUCCCAGUGGCUUUCUUUUUGUAUCUUUGCACUUGAAGUAUCUAUCACGGAAUCAAAGACCAAAGUACCGAGAGAGGCAUCAUCAACCAUUACAAACCAUCCAAUUAUGGCGUCAGAUUUACCGGCACAGACACUCGAGGGGAAAGUCGCCAUUGUGACUGGUUCGACGAGGGGAUUAGGAGCUGAUAUGGCGCUGGACCUGGCAAAACGUGGUGCAAAGGUCGUAAUAACAUACACAUCCUCAUCUUCCGAACCGAAAGCGAACGACCUAAUCUCUCAGAUCGACAACCUACCCAACGCGUCCCAGGCGGUCAGCGUCCGUGCCGACAUGGGAGACACGGGGUCUCCCUCUCGGAUAGUAGAGACUUGCGUGUCUACGUUUGGACCCGAGAUCCACAUAUUGGUCAACAACGCCGGGGUGUCCGUCACCAAACCGUUGUCCGAUCUCACGGUCCGGGACUACGACUAUGUCUAUGGUGUCAACGUCCGAGGUGUAAUACUCUUGACCCAAGCCGUCUUGCCGUACCUGCAACCGCACGGGCGGGUGGUCAACAUUUCCAGUGUUGGUGCGAGAGCCGGGUUCGCGGACUUGAGUCUCUACACGAGUUCAAAAGCGGCCAUGGAAGGACUGACGAGGUCUUGGGCGGCAGAGUUGGGUGGUAAUGGAACCACGGUGAACUCGGUGGCUCCCGGUCCGGUCAAGAGUGAAUUGUUGGACAGUAUCCCACAGGAAAUCGUCAAGAUGCAACGAGACGGCACGCCCGUGGAAAAAAGGGUCGGUGAACCUUACGAGGUCAGUAGGGUCGUCGGUUGGUUGUGCUCCGAAGAGUCUGGCUGGGUCAGUGGUCAGGUCAUCAACGUAAGUGGUGGUUGGAGUAUGUAUUGAAGCACCUCAGAAGGGGGGAAGGUUAUAUCUGAUCCAGUGUGAGUCCGUACAUGUCCUUUGUGUGAUAGAAUGGGCAGGAAAUCAGUUAGC